AAUUAAAGAAUUCAAACUCUACAACUCAGUGCUAGCCCUCUGCGAGUACACACUACAGAGUACAGACUUGAAGAUUCCUUUGUCCCUAGAAAUCAUCAUCCCACCAUUUUCUCGGCUUCCUUUUUCUUCUACCAAAAACCCAUAUCCAUCUCCCUUACUCAUGGUAUGGAGUGUUAAAAGCUGGAUUUGUUUUUUGUCUAAGCUGAAUAUCUUGUCCAUGUCCAACUGAACCCCUAGUUAAAAACUGUUGUAUGUAACGACGUCGUAAAGUAGCCAUCAGUGUCUAGUCCUUUACUUUGUUGCACCUAUUUAGCAUUUCUUUCCUGUGGGCGGGAAUCUUGGUUCUUGUUUGCCACUUUGGUACAAUCAUAUUCUAACAGUGCCAUUGGAUUAGAUCUUUUAAUCAAAAUCUGAAAAUGGGCGAGGGAAUGAAAUCUGCAGCUAAACCAUCUUCAAACAUUUCUGAAAUCGUCUCCAAAUUUGCCAAAGUUUGUAAAUUUAGGUCCAUUGGGGUCUUCACUUCUGAAAACCUUGACAAUAAUCAACAUGAACUGUACCUGAAUAAUGACAACAACUUUCCCAAAGUGGUUGAAGAAAGCAGUAGUGAGGAAGCUGGAUGUGAUGCUAUUAAAGUUGAUCCUCAGAGUGAUGCUAAAAGAUCUGGUCGGAUUGACCAAAUCUUGAAAUUGUUUGACACUGUUUCAGCAUUGAAAGUAGCUUAUGUUCAGCUCCAAAAAGCUCACAUUCCUUAUGAUCCUGAUAAUAUAAGAGCUGCUGAUGGAGUUAUUGUCUCUCAGCUUGAGUCGCUGUGCAAGAUUAAGCUAUCGUACAAAGAGCGGCAGUUGAAGGAUUUGAACUCGUUCUCAGCCACUUCAGCUCUCUUGCUUGCAGAAAUUCAAGUUAAAGAGAGACUUCUGGACAAGUUGAAAUCCCAACUUAAGAUUAAGGAGUCCAAGGUUGUUAAUUUUCGACAAGAGCUUCAUGAUUUGGAGUUGAGGAACAGGAAGAUGGCUGAAAUUUUGAACAAGAGUGUAAAGGAGAGUUCGAGAAUGCUGAGUUUCGCUUCCUUUGAGGCCACUGUUGAAGCUGUGUCAAAGGCUGUCCAUGAUUUUUCCAAGCCAUUAAUUGCCUUGAUGAAAGUCUCAGACUGGGAUCUAGACAAAGCAGCCGAGGCAAUUGAAAGGUCCGUUGUGUAUUCGAAGAGGUCGCACAAGAAAUAUGCUUUUGAAGCUUAUAUUGCUAGGAGGAUGUUCAAUGAAUUCUUGCCUCAAUCUUGCAAUGUCGACAGAAUUAUGAAGCUCGAUGAUCCAAUUGAUGCCCUGAUUAUAGAUACACAAUCCGCUUUUGCCCAAUUCUGCAGAGAAAAGUAUCUGUCCAUACUUCAUCCUAUGAUGGAAAAAUCUUUCUUUGGUAGUGUCGACCAUAGGACAUUAGUAAGCAACGGGAUGCAUCCCCAAACACCAUUCUAUCGAGCAUUUGUGAAAAUGGCAAGAUGUGUCUGGAUUCUGCAGGCUGCUGCAGCUUCAGUUGAACCUAGAGGUGAAAUAUUUGGAGUGAAGAGAGGAAGUCAUUUCUCCAAUAUGUAUAUGGAGAGUGUGGAGGAGUUUAACAAAGAUGUUGUGCUCAAUCUUGGGCAUGAGAAAUGUAGAGUUGAACUUAUGGUCAUGCCUGGGUUCCUAAUUGGGAACACAGUUAUUAGGUCUCGAGUUUAUCUCUCGAAUAUGGAUGAGUGAUAGUGGUAUGCAUUAGGAGAAAGUACUGUUACGUCGCUGACCUGAACUCUAGGAAAAAUCUUUUGAUGUUUUGUCAGUUUUACUGGGGAUUGUUCUUAGCAGUUGCAGCUUGCAGAAAGAUGGGCAUGUACUCACAGAUAGAUCCUUCAGCUUGUAUCUUUGAGGUAUUGCCUUCCUAUAUCCCCAUACUGUUAUAAGCAGUUCCUUGCCUUUGAAGUUUGAAGUGUAAAUAUAAUACUCCGCAUUUAAUUAGUUUGCUUGAUCAUUUUACA